GAUCCUGCAUCGCCAAGAGUAAAUCAAAUCCCAUUAUUAUUCACGUCGUAUCCAAGGAGAAGGACUCCCGUGCGAGAAGGAGAGUAUCACCGCCGCUUGGGCGGGAAAUCGACCGAUGACAUCAUCAUCACCUUUCGUGAUCGGCGAGCAUGUCUUUCCAGGUCAACACAUUCGAGGUUAUCCCAGCGCCCUAGCAGGUUCUCAGGAAGAUAUUGUUCUGCUCCAUGCCAAGAGCUAUACACCACAUGAAGUCGCAUCGCAAGCGGUGAAAGGCGACCUCACGAUCAUUGCAUUCCACGCAAAUGGCUAUCAUAAGGAGACUUAUGAGCCUUACCUCGAGCAGCUAUACCACGUUCUGAAGGACAAACAUGGCCUCACGAUUGGCAGUAUUUGGUUCGCAGAUCAGGCUGCGCAAGGCGCCAGUGCGGUCCUGAAUGAUGAAGUUCUAGGCAAUGAUCCGCAUUGUUUCGAUCACUCCCGCGAUGUCAUACAUAUGGUCAACACUUUCAGAGCGCACAUGAGGCGGCCUCUGUUCGCCAUUGGACAUUCCAUGGGUAGUUCUCAAGCCGUAGCAACGGCUUCGAUGCAUGAGCGACUUUUCGAAUCGUUGGUCCUGAUCGACUCGCCCAUAUCUCGAUCAUGGGCACCGACCAUGCCGGCCAUGAUGAAAGCUAUCCUCCGAAAGAAGGACACCUUCUCGAGUCGUGCUGAAGCGGAGGCAUACAUCCGCAAGGAUCCCAUCUACAGGAAGUGGCAGCCAGAGGCCGUGCAGCGGUACAUCGACACAGCCCUCCAUAUCGUCCUCGAUCCAGAGGCAAAAGAAGUGGUGAAGCUCAACACACCUCCAGCUGCAGAAGCUCUCACAUUGGGGCGCCCAAACCCAGAAUGGGUAGCCGUCGGCCAGCCAGUCUCGGAAGCUCAGCGCUACACGCAUCCCGAUGUCGAUCCGCAAGCGCCAUUGACAGGGCCCAUAUAUAAUCCAGGCACCUGCCAGGCCUGGCGAUUGCUCGCCACUCUCCGGCCGACAGUGCUCUACUUGCUAGGAGAAAGCAGCCGGAUCUGUGCACCUGAAGAGAUUGCAGAGCGGACACGCAUCACAGGCACCGAGCCCGGCGGCAGCGGUGGAGUGUCAGCGGGAAAGGUCAAGGUCGUCAGUCUGAAAGGCGGGCAUUUCCUGCCAAUGACUAAUAUUGCUGAAACGGCUCACGCGACGGCGCAGUGGCUCGAGGAGCAGGUGGCAUCUUGGAGGGAACAGGAAGUGGGCUUCAUGAGGCGGUGGAGAGAUAAGAGCAGGCAAGAGAAGCAGGCAUUGGAACCGAAGGUUGAAAAGAUGCUGAAGGAGUGGAACGGGAAGGCGUGGGUACGGACGGACUCGACGACGAGUAAGCUGUGAAGCUAUAUCUGGCUUUGUACUUCGAGCGAUUCUGCUUGUAUGCUUACGUAGAAGGAAACGUAAAUCAGACUAGAUUAUACAGUGCAAAGACCACUUUGGAAAUGGUU